GGAAGGUUGAAGACUAAUCCGUGAGGGGAAGACAGCGGUUGAGACGACCUGUUGGUGAAACCGGGUGACUGGGUUCUAAUCAGGAGCAUCAAGAGGAAAUGUUGGCAUUCACCUAAGUGGGAAGGACCAUAUCAGGUCCUGUUGACAACCCCAACAGCCCUUAAAAUAGCAGAGAGAGGAACUUGGGUACACCUCACACAUGUUAAAAGAGUCAUCUGGGCAAACCCGGUAAUCAAGUAAGGGAAGUGAAGCAAAGUCUGGUAAUAGUGUGGGAUUCUGGUGUUAAGAUCCAGGGUUGACACGAAAGCCAGUGAAGUUUUUACUGCCACUGACCUGAACUUAGGCUGACACCGGCUUUGACAAGAUGGCCUUACCUAAACUGAUGUGUAUCACAGGAAGUAUACAGGUGGUACUCCUGUUACUUAUCUAUUGGGGAUGGUACUCAUGGAUUUCACAACGGUACUCGUGUAAAAGAAUACCCCUAAGGGGGAAAUUGGCUGAAAAUUGGACAAUUGACACUGUAAAUAGAACUGAACAGGUGAUCCAUGAGUAUGAUCCUACGGUUAACAAUUAUGAUUAUGACCCUGCAAUUGAUGAUUAUAAUCGCAACAGAGUGAGACGCUCUUUUUGUAGGGGAGGAUGUACUGGGACUGCUGGGGCCAGACAGUUCACUAAUCCUUGCUCCCCGACUACAACUGAUACAGUCAUUACCAGAGACCUUUAUGUCUGUUACAAUGCCACUCAGUUUGUUUCAAAAAUUGUUAUACCUUUUUCAAUCAUACGGGUGGGAGGACAGGCCACUCCAGAAAUGAGUUCCGGCACUCACUGGAAAUGGCAUGAAUGGUAUCUCUCCAGUGUUGAUUGGGACCAAGAUUGGGGAACAAUUUUUACGUAUACUGGUAGUGACUGGACACCAUAUCCUACCACCCAGCAUGCCAAAGAGUGGAAGCGUAGACUAACUCUGACUCGACAUGAUAACCAUCUCCUGCUGUCGUUUAAUACUACCGAUCAGCCGCUUCUAGAAAAACCUCCCAGAAUACACUCAUAUACAGAGGCAUCUUGUUAUCAUUUAACAUUAUUUGUGUACAGGCCCGGUGUUUACACUGACCCACAUACCGACUUCUCAAUUUGUACUAACAUAACAAAACGAACUGACUCUUCUCCGACGACACCCACAGCGGUAGGACUGUCAUUGGGUCCACAAACGUCUGUGACAAAAAUUCAGAUCAUAAAUGGGAAAAUUGAAACCGAUGAUUGGUUUUUGGUGACCACAGGAAUUAGUGGACAAAGAAACAAUUGGUUGCUCAUGGCAGAGCAGGCAGCAAAACCUGCCAAAAAAGACUGUGUAGUGUGCUUAGGGCCUCGUCCAAUACUGCGUGUAGUACCAGCCCCUUUGACCUCCGAUUGUUUGCUUGAAAUUAUGGUGAACACGUUCAUUCCUUUGAAUCACAGGUGCAUAAGUUGGGAUACCAUCUAUCCUGUGGCCAACAUGGCCAAAAAUAAACCCCUGUUCUCUGAAGAUGUGGCAGAGGGAAAUUUUACCUGUGUUAAGCUUCCAGGUACUGGUCAAAAGUUAGGGGAACUAAAUGAGACCGUGUGGUGUAGCCACACUCUCACACCACCAAGCCCUUUUAAACCCAUUGCUAGAACAGGAAAAGACAAUGCUCAGAUGUACCCCCUCUUAGGAGACAACCCUGACACAGAUGAUAAAGAAGGCUGCUGUCAUGAUGACUUUGAUGACAGCGUGCACUUGCCCGACCUGUUCCCAGACCCAGGUGACUACGGUGAACCUGAUGACGACAAUGACCUCCAAGCCUCCCGAGUGACACAUGGACCCAGAAGCAGCGCCAUGAGGAUGGAUCAGGUAAGAGAACAGGGCUACAAGCCAACACUCUUCCAAGAUCACGACAAGCACCUCAUGGGGGAGGAAAUUGGAAAACUAACAAAGAUGUCCACCUAUGCAUGGUACGAACCCUUCAAAGUGGCCUCCAUCUGGGCUAAAAGGAACCUAGGCCGUCGUCUAAAGGAUGAAACAUUGGAGCAGGUUGAAGCUGUACUGGUAGGUAAACUCACAGAUCAAUCCACAUUUCUGAUUGAGCCGGCUAGUAGGGAGACUGUACCACCAAACACAGACAACACCAAAGCCACAGAGAAGGAUAAGACAGGCUUCAUGUACACAGGUCAAGAGAAGGAUAAGACAGGCUUCAUGCACACAGGUCCAACAGGGGGCACCUACCAUGACUCCCACUCCUUCCUAUAA